CGCUCCGCGACCCCCGCGGGGUCUUCUUUUCUCGAGCCCCGGGUGCCCGGGACCUGUCGCCUGUGUCCUCAGAGGUCCCACGUGGCUCCGCCGCAGCCUCUGGCGCGCUGUGACCCCCAGUGACCGCGGAAGCCGUAGGGAGGACGCGGGGACACCCCGGAAGCCGGGAAAUGGACCCAGUGGACUCUGAGGAUGUGGCUGUGAACUUCACCCUGGAAGAGUGGGCUCUGCUGCAUCCUUCCCAGAAGAAACUCUACAGAGAUGUGAUGCGGGAAACCUUCAGGAACCUGGCCUCAGUAGGGAAAAAAUGGGAAGACCAGAACAUGGAAGAUCGGUAUAAAAAUGAGGGGCAAAGUUUAAGCAAUCAUAUGCUAGAGAGACUCUUUGGGAAUAAAGAACGAAGUCAAUUUGGAGAAACCUUCAACCAAAUUCCAAAUUUUACUCUGAACAAGAAAAUCCCUGCUGUAGUAAAACCAUAUGAAUGUAGUUUGUGUGGGAAAGUCUUCAUGCAUCAUUCAUCCCUUAGUAGGCACAUAAUAUCUCACACUGGACACAAACCAUAUGAGUAUCAGGAAUAUGGAGAGAAACCAUAUAAAUGUAAGCAAUGUGGGAAAGCCUUCAGUUAUUGUAACUCCUUUCGAAGACAUGAAAGGACUCACACUGGAGAGAAACCCUAUGAAUGUAAGGAAUGUGGGAAAGCUUUUAUUUCCCUCACAAGUGUUCGGAGACACAUGAUAGCCCACACUGGAGAUGGACCUUAUAAAUGUGAGGAAUGUGGGAAAGUCUUUGAUCGACCUGGUUUAUUUCGAAUACAUAAAAGAACUCACACUGGAGAGAAACCCUAUGAAUGUAAGCAAUGUGAGAAGUCCUUUAUUUCUAUCACAGGUUUUCAAAGUCACAUGAUUAGGCACACUGGUGAUGGACCUUAUAAAUGUCAGGAAUGUGGGAAAGCAUUUCACCGUCCCAGUUUAUUUCGAAUACAUGAAAGGACUCACACUGGAGAGAAACCCUAUGAAUGUAAAGAAUGUGGGAAAGCCUUCAUUUCUCUCACAAGUUUUCAAAGUCACAUGAUUAGACACACUGGAGAUGGACCUUAUAAAUGUCAGCAGUGUGGGAAAGCCUUCAUUUUUCCCAGUUCUGUUCGAAAACAUGAAAGGACUCAUACUGGAGAGAAACCCUAUAAAUGUGAGAUAUGUGGUAAAACCUUCAGUUAUUCCAGUAAUGUUCGAACACAUGAAAGGACUCACACUGGAGAGAAGCCCUAUGAAUGUAAGGAAUGUGGGAAGGCCUUCAUUUCUCUCCCAAAUGUUCGAAGACACAUGAUUACGCACACUGGAGAAGGACCUUAUAAAUGUGAGCUGUGUGGGAAAGCCUUUGACUGUCCCAGUUCAUUUCAAAUACAUGAAAGAACUCACACUGGGGAGAAACCCUAUGAAUGUAAGGAAUGUGGGAAAGCAUUCAUUUCUCUCAAAAGGGUUCGAAAACAUAUGAUGCUGCACACUGGAGAAGGACCUUAUAAAUGUAGGGUAUGUGGGAAAGCCUUUGAGUGUCCCAGUACUGUUCGAAUACAUGAAAGAAUUCAUACAGGAGAGAAACCCUAUGAAUGUAAAGAAUGUGGGAAAGCCUUCAAUUAUCCCAGUUCUGUUCGAAUACAUGAAAGAACUCAUACUGGAGAAAAGCCCUAUGAGUGCAAGAUGUGUGGGAAAACAUUCAGUUAUCACAGUUCCUUUCAAAGACAUGAAAGAGCUCAUAGUGGAGAUAGACCCUUUGUAGGGAAUGUGGGAACUCUUUCAUUUAUCACACAGCCUUUGAGUGUGCAUGAAAAUGCUUAAUGGAGGAAAACCCUAUAAAUGUAAAGGAUGUGGAAAGUCUUCAGCCUACCUUCUGGGAUUUGGACUUGCUAGGGAACCAUCACAUUUUCCUU